GCACCGCUGUGGUGAGCUGAAGGACAGCCUGGGGGCCAUCGCGGAGGAGCUGGGCGUGGACGAGUCCGACCUCCACGACAGGCUCGGGAGGGUUCUCCUUGAGGCCGUCGGGGGAACGGAUGCUCUCCCAGCGGUUCCCGCUGCAGAUUGGACUCCCGAGACGGGCGACCUGCGGGCCCUGGUGAUCGACUGCGGCGGCCAGGGCGGGCGCUGCAAGGCGUGGAAGCAGGUGGCGCAGGAGAGCAGCAGUGAGACGUGCGAGGCGCAGCGCAUGGAGGGCCCCCCGGUCGGCAUCGGCAAGCUGCUCUGCACCGAGGCGAUAUGUCGACGCACGGCAGGGAUUGUAUACGUCGAUCCGGCCAAGCCGGCCUGGAACCUGACCCGCCACUACACAGGCCAGAUGUCGGUUGGGGGCGCGGUCGGAUCCGCGGUGCGCAGCUUCGUGCUCAUGCGAGCCAAAGGGGGCUGCGAGGCUG